UUCAACGCAGUGGAUCUGAGAACUGGAAGAAAAGAAUUGGUGGAAGACCACCUAUUUUGCUCAAGCCUGAUGGACCAGUCAUGAGAGUAAAAGAUAAAGAUAAGCCAGCUGGAGUGAGACCUCACAGCUUGCUAGAUAGGAUCAUGAUGUUGGGAGAGGCUCAAGAUCAAUGGCGGAAUAGAGUUGAAGAUAAGGAUGCAAAUCAAUUCACUGUUGCUGGAAAAAUGGUGCAGAUGCGAUAUUCUCCUCAAUCAAGCCCUAUCAUUAGCAGAAAAAAAUACAGUCCUAAACCCGUCCAGGGAAGAAGUAAAACAACCAACAUUCAAGAACUUUCAAGUUAUAGCAGUUCCAGCACCCCAUCUUCUCCUUAUCAUUUAAGCAAGAGCCAGUCUUCCUUAAUUACAUGCAGUAGUUCAUCUGAGCUUGAAAAAAUACAAAAAAUUACCACUGUCAAUGUUCCUAAAGUUGAUGAUGAAAGUUUUACAUCCUUUUUUAAAUCUGUGAAAGAAAGAAUAACUGCUAGUUCUUUUGAAAUUUCUGACGAAGUCUUCCAGUUUUUGUCCUCAGAAACACAUGAACUAUUAAGCCAGAGGAGAGAAAAGUUAAAAAUCCAAAGAAAACAUGCUUCUUCUGGGAAUCCUUUGCGGUUGCUUGCUUCCCGUUCAGAUCUGAAGCAAAAUUAUGAAGAGGUAUACAAAGGGGUUGCAGAACGGGAGCUGGAACGUUUAAAAAUUGAGAAAUUGGCCAUAGGCUCACAAAAGACAUUAGCUCUUUCUGCUUUAGCUGGUCUAGCUAGCAAAGUAGAUUUUAAAUCAGUUGCUUUAAAAAAAGGAGCAAGUAUACCAUCUCCAGAUGAAAAUACUGUUUCUCUGAUACAAAUCAAAGGUAACGUAGAAAGACUUCUUUGUCGUCGAAGAGCUCAGGUUAGAUUGGUUGAACCAAAGGGAUCUUCUUUAAACCAUGGAGACAGUUAUGUUUUUGUCACUCCAACUCAAAUAUACUGUUGGCAUGGUGAAUUUAGUAAUGUGAUCGAGAGAGUUAAGGCUGCAGAGGUUGCAAAUUUGGUUCAAAGUUCAAAAGACUUGGGUUUUAAGAGUGUGAGUGAAGUUAUUAUAAUUGAAGAAGAAAAUGAACUUCAUGCUGAACAGCAAGAAGCAUUUUUAAAAGCGUUUCCUACGAAAUUAGAAGACAUACGAAUUGCAGGGGCACCUGAUGAAGAUGAGUUGUAUGAAAUUGCAAUAGUGAACACAAAUGCGGUGUAUCAACUGGGAGACAAUGAACUUCUUCCUUGUGACGAUCUUUGUAGUUCAGUGCCAAAAAUAGAAAUGUUGAAACCCGAUUCGACUUUUGUGUUCGAUUUUGGACCAGAAAUGUAUGUUUGGUGUGGGAAACUUGUGCCUUCUGAAACUCGUAAAUCUGCUGCUGCUCUUGCAAAAGAUUUGUGGGAUGAGGGAUAUAAUUACGUUGAUUGUGACAUCAAUCCUUUUAAUGCUUGUUUCGAAGGUGAAAUAAAAAAUCAAGAUAAAAAAAGACCGUCAUGGGCAAAAUUUGUUAAAACAAGUCAACACAGAGAACCUGUUCUUUUUAAAGAAAAGUUUUUUGACUGGCCAAAUAUACACCCUCUCAUUACUCAGAAAAAUUUCCAGAAUAGUACAAAAAAUGGAACGAUUCCUUUAAAUAUAUCAGAUCUGAAGCCAUGUGACUAUAAGAGCUUGUUAGAAAGUGAUACUGAAGAACCAGACACAAUAUUGGAGAAUAGUCACGUUGGCCGUGGUUUGGAGUACCACGACGAGAAAGAGCGACGCCAUUUUCGAAUCUCAACCAUUUCUCUCAAACUUUGGCAUAUUUCAGAGUAUGGUUACAAGUCCUUGUUAGAAGAGAGUUGGGGCCAAUUCCAUAAUUCUGACACAUAUGUUGUCCGAUGGCAGUACAUGAUUAGCAAUACUGAUAUGUUUAUGUGGUGGAGAAAGCCAUUUUCUCUCGACAGCCUCUUGCUGACUAUGAAGCAAGUAGGUGGUUCCCUUAUGAAUGGAACGAUUCCUUUAAAUAUAUCAGAUCUGAAGCCAUGUGACUAUAAGAGCUUGUUAGAAAGUGAUACUGAAGAACCAGACACAAUAUUGGAGAAUAGUCACAUUGGCCGUGGUUUGGAGUACCACGACGAGAAAGAGCGACGCCAUUUUCGAAUCUCAACCAUUUCUCUCAAACUUUGGCAUAUUUCAGAGUAUGGUUACAAAUCCUUGUUAGAAGAGAGUUGGGGCCAAUUCCAUAAUUCUGACACAUAUGUUGUCCGAUGGCAGUACAUGAUUAGCAAUACUGGCAGGACGUUAAAAGGGGAGACAUCCAGACAUUCUUUUGUUGGUAGGAAAAGAUGGGCGUAUUUUUUUUGGCAAGGUGAAAACUCUACCAUUACUGAAAAAGGGGCUUCUGCUUUAAUGACAAUUGAGUUAAAUGAAGAAAAAGGACCACAUGUCCGUGUCAUUUGUGGGAAAGAACCUCCAUGUUUUUUAAAUUUAUACCGUGGAAAAAUGAUUGUGUACAAUGGCCGCAGAGAAGAUGCUUUGCAGAAAAAAAAUGAUGUACCAGAGCAAUGGCGAUUAUUCAUUCUUCGAGGAGAUAUGCAGUCUGAAGCAGUUCUUCAUGAAGUUAAAGUGUCUAAAGGGAAUCUUCGUAGCAGGUCUUCUUUUGUGUUUGUCAAUUGCAAAACUGGACAAAUCUAUAUUUGGCAUGGAUGUAAAUCUGCAGAUCAUACAAGAAAAUUUAUCUCACAUUGUGUGAAAUCUUUGAUUGAAAGGCGUCCUGCUGAAAUGGGCUUUGAUGAAGAAGCUAAAUUAUCAUCUACUGACAUUGAGGAAGGAGAAGAACCAAAAGAGUUUUGGGAUUGGUGUAAUGAUGAUGAACCUUUUUAUUCUCUUAAAGAUAGUAUAGAUUCUUAUGAUUUUACUCCAAGGUUGUUUUUAUUUGAUAGUAUGUCUGGUAGUUUAUGUGCCAAAGAAAUAGUUUGCCCUUACUUUACGAAAGAACAUUCAUGUCCUUUCCCGUUCUUACAGACAGACUUAAAAAAUGCUUCACAGCCUGCCUUAUUUCUUUUGGAUAAUCACCAAGAAGUGUUUGUUUGGCAAGGGUGGUUACCAAGUGAUGAUCAAGACGGUGAAAAUCUUGCAACAGGAUCUGCAAAGCUCAGGCUAGAUGUGAAUCGACGGUUGGUGAUGGAAAUUGCUUUGCAGUAUUGUCAAGGAAAAAAUUCUGAAGAAGUACCUAAAGCUUUUGCUAUAAAAGCAGGAGCAGAGCCUCUUUAUUUUAGGAAUAUAUUUCCUGUGUGGGAACAGUGGGAUGCCAAAAAUGUUCCACUGCAAGAGGAUGACAACAAAGUAUUGUUUGUCCAAGAAGUAUUAUCUCAGCUGUCUCGAGAUCGAUAUAGUUUAGAAGAACUACAAAAGAAAUCUUUGCCAUCCGGAGUGGAUCCCUUGCGUUUGGAAUCUUACCUUACAGAUGAUGAGUUUGAAGAGAUCUUCAAAAUGAAAAAGGAUGAAUUUUAUAACAUGCCCUCAUGGAAACAGUCAGAAUUGAAGAAAUCCCAUGAUUUAUUUUAA